CUGAGCAGAGCCCAGGUAGGGCUGGUGGAUCACAGGGGAGAACCGGUGUGCCUCAAGCCUUCCUUGGGCAUCGGAGAAGACCCCUGGGGACUGCUGAGAAGAGCAGAAGGGACUGCUGAGGGCUGACUCUGAGGAGCCAUGAACACAGAGGGUCCCAGUGCCCUGGCCCUCCUCACAACCCCUGUCACCCCUGGGAGGCCUGCAGAGGCGGCUAACCCGCUGCCCAUACUCAUCGCCCUGGCCUGCAUCUUCCUCCUGCUGGCCACCUGCCUGCUGUUCAUGACUUUCUGUAAGCCGGCUGCACUUGACCCCAGCCGCCACCGGGCUCGAGAAUGCAUGCCCCACCACCCUGGGAGCCCCAGCGAGCCCCAGCUCCGGCUCUGGAAACGCCUGGGCUCCCUGCACCACUCCCUGCACAGCUUCCGCAGGGGCCGGCCUGCCCCUCGCUGCCCUGUGCUGGGCCAUGGUGACAACCAGGACAGUGACUGCAUGGAAUCAAUCAAAAUGUAAUUAAAUGUCCCCUUCCUCCAAAGUCCACUUGCUCCGCUUUGGACAGAAUGCAGCACUGUGGGUGACAGGAGGACAGUGACCUCAGCCACCUGAGCCAGAUGGUCAUCCCCAGAGGUCACCCCCUUUGUGCCCAGGCCCAGACCCUUCCCCAGCAAUGGCCAUGAAAAGCACACUUCUCACAGCACACCCUUUAGCUACUGGAAGACUCUGGGACCAAUUAUUUGCUGAACAACCAGAGCUCUCUGGAUCUGUGACCUGAGGCACCUGAGGAGUACAACUCAAGGUUCUCAGUGUCCCCCACAAUAAGGCACAAGCCACCUCCUGGAAUAGUGUCUGUGCUUCCAACAGAAGCUUGGCUGGCUCUCCAUGUGGCAAGAUGCGGCUCAUAUUCCAGGGUACUUGGCCACAGAUUCCCUCCAGCCAAUGACAUCCACAGCCCAAAUUGGGGGCAAGGUACUGCCUGUCUUCUGUGCCAACUUGGUGGGGAACCCAGAGCCUCCUCUCCUUGUAUUCCCUGGGCCUUGCAGGCUGUCUAGUAACCCCUGGGAGCAGCAGCAGAGUUUGGGGUGUCUGUAGGGGAGAAAGGCAACAGGAAGAACUCAACUCUACCUAGAUGAUAUUAUCUCAGAGCCAUGUCCACGGCCACCAUCAGUGAACUCAUGGAUGUGCCUGGAAAGGGAUGUGGUUAAGUCAGGCAGCUCCUGACAGAGGCCAGGACUGGAGCUGUUGAUACAGCAGGGAACUAGGUGGUGCUAGUAGCUGGGGUUGAUGUCACCUAGAGUCUGAGGAUACAUCAUAUUAGCUCCUCCCCGUGAAUGGAAGGGUCCAGCCCUCUCCAGGCCUACUGUGGGACCUCAGGCCUGCAUCCCACUGGCUCUACUCUGUCUUUGAUGUGACUUCUCCAGUGACUGGAAAUUGCCAAAAGAAACUCUACUGGGGAAGGGGCUUCUCAGAAUUUCAACCCUCAGUUUCUCCUGGUCUUAGGAUGCCUCCAUAAAAUGCUUUGAUUGAAUCCCUAAAUUGGAGAGUGAGCCUGAGCUGCCACGCCUCUGAUGCGGUAUGCCAGUUGUUCAGGCCCACUUAAGUCCUGCCAUGGGGCUGUGGCAUCCCACCCUGCUGUGAUCUGCUGUGCAGGCAGCUGAAAUUUCUCAAAGGCCAAGUUCUGGUCUUACCAUUCCCCAGCUCUGAAACUUUCACUGGCUCCCUACUGCUGGUUAGAUAAAGUCAGAGAUCGUUAGUCUGGCAUCUGGGGCCUUUUGGGAACUGGUUCAAAACUCACUUUCUGGCCUUCUCUGGAGUGAAGUUGAAUUAUUUGUCACCCCCUGGCUGUGGCUUGUGCUCACAUGGCAUCUCCCUCCAGGAAGCCCUCUUUGCUUUCCAGCUGACAGCCACCUCCAGCCUGGCACUACCCUCCACUUUGUACCUCUUGGAAGAGGACAGGAUCAAGUCCCUGGCACAGUGGUCACCCUUGGCUGGCUUCUUCUCCCUUCUCUGAGCCUGAGAACCCACAGAGCGCUCAACCCCUCACACUGCUUCACCAGCACCGGCACAGAAGUAGGAGGCCCACCCCUCCAAGUGGAGGCAUCUUGGGCAAAGCUCUUCUUCCUCAGACAGCACAGAGGGAGACUGUCUGUCCAAGUAGGACUUGUUGGAGAAUCCCUAGUCUGCCUUCAGGCCUGUCUUAUGUCACCGAGUGAAUCUGGCUUAUCCAGACACUUACACUGGGGAACUAGGAGAAGCUAUUCAAGUCUGAACUUUUCCAGGAGAAAGGGGGAGACUCUGGGCUUCCCUUUCUAUUCUAACACCACAGUCUGCAUAGCGUUGUGUACAUAGAAACCAGCUCUCAGGGCUUGACAGUGAGGCAGGCCACCCCCCCCCCCCCCCCCCCCGCCGCAGGGCUCUGUCUCUCCCUGUGCUACUGCUUGUUAAGCUUUUUCUGCCUAGUGUUCCACAGGCCAUCUGGAUUCCACCUGCAAUGGACCACCCAUUUAAGACCCUGAGGUCUGAAGGAAAAUGAAGACCUGGGAAUGGGGUGGGGUCUCUUAAGAUCUGGUCAUACUGCCAGGUACACAGUUGGUCCUAGGAGCCCCAGCAUUGAGCUGGGGUGGCAGGUAUGAGGUCAAAGAGG